AUGGCCAGCUACCGCUUCCUCGUCCAGCAGAUCAGCGGGCAUUUCGAUGGGUGCGAGUACAUCCAUGUGCCACGAGCCGACAAUGAAGCAGCCGACACCCUGGCACAAUCAGAAUCCAUGUUCGUGUCGGCUAACCCUGAAGUAGCCGGAUCUGGCUCGGGGACUUUAGCAGUCGGCCCGGGGACUUCUGCAGGCGGCCCGAGGGCUGCAGCACCAGAACCCGGCCCGGGGACUGUUGCAGCCGGCCCGGGGACUCCCACGACGCAACAAGGAGCGACCGCCUCCAACUCGCUGCCUCCCAACCCGGCCACCAUAACGCCGGUCGCUGUCAUGACGGUGGUGGAAGCUCCGUCUUGGGCGCAACCUAUCCUCAACUUUCUGGUGAGCCGCGUGCUCCCACCUGACGAAGUGUCGGCCCAGCAGGUGCAACACCGGGCAGGUGCAUACACGAUCAUCAAUAGAGAACUCGUCAGACGGAGUGCGACCAACAUCUUCCAGCGCUGCGUCGAGACGGAGAAGGGCAUUGCUAUCCUCAGAGACAUCCACCAAGGUGAAUGUGGCCACCAUGCCGCCUCCAGAGUCCUCGUUGCCAAGGCUUUUCGCCAUGGGUUCUUCUGGCCGACUGCUCUAGACGAUGCCAAGGACUUGGUCCGGAAGUGCAGGGGGUGCCAGCGCUUCAGCACCAAGAAGCACCACCGGCCUCAGCCCUCAAGACCAUUCCCAUCACCUGGUCGUCUGCCGUAUGGGGAUUGGACGUGGUGGGACCAUUCAAGAUAG